AUGACAAAGUUAAUAUUUGUUUUGGUGUUCGCAAUUGCGGUUGCGAUGCCGUUGCGUACCGUUAUGGGACAGGCAAAUUGGCAGGAUCUUAUGGGAGACGGUGAUUUGUCUGAGAGUAUUGAUCAGGCUAAGAAGGCUCUUGGUGCUGCUAAUACUGCAGCAGCCGGACAAGCCGCGUUUGAUGAUUAUUUUGGCGGUGGGGACUUUGCUGGUGAAGACGGUGGUGGUGCUGCUGGUGGAUACGGUGGUUCAGUUCCUGCAGGUGAUGGCGCUGCAUCUUUGGCUGGUUUCAUAGAAGAAAACAUGACUGCAGAAGAGCAACCAACAUUGCCAGUGGAUUCACCAAUCGGUGCGCCAGAAGAUUUACCAGCACCGGUGCCAGAAGGGUCACAAACAGACUAUGAUGAUUCAUUCGCCCCAGGCCGAUCACCAAUCAUGUCACCAGACGAAGACGAAGGCAUAAUCGACAAAAGAAUUGUGGAGGCUGAAGGCAUAGUCGACAAAAGAUUUGUAGGGGCUGCUCCAAUAGAGUCACCCGAUGGAGCACCGUCAGAUGAUGAAGACGACAUGGAUACACCUGAUGGUGCACCCGCAUUCGCACCUGGAGUAUCUGGAUUUGAUGAUGAUGAUAAUUGA